CCCGACGCCGGCCAGAUCCGCCCGCCACUCGGGGAAAAAAUUCCCGUCGUCUCCACUCCACCAGUCCACCUGCAUCCUCCCUCUCUCUCUCCCGCUCCCGUGCUCUCUCCCUCUCCCCAGGAUCCGAAUUGCCAGCGCACCAGUCGAGCUCGCGGGACCUCGCCGGCGCCGGCGAUGGCCUCCUCCCUUUUGGCCGGACGGGGAGGGGGCCACCACCACAACUGGGGGGAGACGCGCGCCCCGCUCGAGCCCAUACCCCCCAACCCUAGUCCCAGCCAGCCCCACCCGCGCGCCGACGGGUCCAAGUCCAAGCCGCGGGCGGCGGCCGGCUACGUGAAGUUCCGCCCGGCGUCCCUGGGCCACCGCGAGGCCCGCGCGCUCCGGGACCGCCUCGCGGUGGAGCUCGGCCAGGUCCGCGCCCUCCUCUCCCGCAUCGACACCUGGCAGCAGCAGGGCCCGCCGCCGCGCGCGGUGCUCCGCGGGGCGAUGCGGAAGCGGUGCGGCCAGAUCCUCAGCAGGCUGCGCAAGGACAAGCGCAGCGUGUGGUUCAACGCGCCCGUCGAGGUGGAGCGCCUCGGCCUCCACGACUACCAUGCCGUCAUCAAGCGCCCCAUGGAUCUCGGCACCGUCAAGGAGGGCCUCGCCGCCGGGAGGUACGCCUCGCACGACGACUUCGCGGCCGACGUCCGCCUCACCUUCACCAACGCGCUGCGGUACAACCCGGUCGGCCACGAGGUUCACACGUUCGCUGGCGCCCUCCUCGCCUACUUCGAGAGGAUGUACAAGGAGGCGCUCGUUUGUUUAGAGGAAGAGCGCAAGCGCCUUGAGCCGCCGAGGCCAGUGGCGGCUGAGCUGCCACCUCCGCCGGCAGUUGAGCCUGUCGAGGCGAAGGCUAAGACGAGAGCAGGGAAUGUGAGGAUGCGGAAGCCCAAGGCGAGGGAGCCUAACAAGAGGGAGAUGAGCCUGGAGGAGAAGAACAUGCUCAGGCUGGGGCUGGUGAGCCUGCCCGAAGAGAAGAUGCACAAUGUGCUUCAGAUCGUGCGCAAGAGGAACAACAACCCGGAGAUGCUUGGGGAUGAGAUCGAGCUUGAUAUUGAUGAGAUGGAUGUUGAGACACAGUGGGAGCUUGAUCGUUUCGUUACUAACUUCAACAAGGCGCUCAAGAAGUCCCAGCGUGCUGCGAUGUUGAAUGGUGGCGUUGCUGAUGUAACCAGUACUGCUGUGGCUGAGGAUGACACUGCACCUGUGGGCGAUGUGCCUACAUUGGUUGGCAAUGACGAUGCGGAGAGUGAGGAACCUGUGAAGAGCACUACAGUGGCUGAGCAGGUGGAUGAGUAUGUUGAUAUUGGGGAUGAAAUGCCAGCAGCCACUUACCAAUCCAUGGAGAUCGAGAAGGACGCUGAAGGUACGACUGGCUCUGGUGGUUCUGGCAGUGGCUCUUCAUCGUCCAGUGGUAUGAUCAAGCUGGCAUUGUGUAGUCCUUCAAUAGUUCCAAAAUUUCUUCAGGGUGCGGACUUUUUACAUUUACAGGUUCUGAGUCGAGGAGCUCAGGGGACAGUGCCUCAGGAGCUGGCAAUGCUCAUUCUUUGACUUAGGGGAGGUUGGUAACAAUAGGAUUUGAAAAUCUGAAUGAUCCGAGUUCGUGUGCAGGUAAUUGUAAGUGUGUAGCUGUUUCUGAGACAUGGGUGUCUGCUUAGGCUUUGAUUACGUUAGUAGUAGAUAACAAACUGGCUUUGUGGGUGUCUGACAGCAGUACAGCACCAUGUGUAUGUAAGCUGGAGGUGGAAGGUACUGGUGUGUUAAAAGUAGCUGAUCGACCUUCUCGUAUGAAGGGGGCCAGGGCUAGUGUCUGUGUUCUUAAUGGUAGGGUUGAUCGACCUUCUCGUAAUUGAUGCUUUGUGCAUGACAUUAAAGUAUGGUUUUAUAAGUAACAAUGCAGUAUCAUUUGUUGGGUGAUGACUUUUGAUGUAAGAGUUAUUUCUGCAUUUUGGAUAGGAUUACGCAAGAUAAAUUUCAACGACCAUGCAAAUUUGUGUU